GCUGUGGAAGUGGUGCGGCAGGCCCUGCUUCCUGCAGGCUGGGGGAAGUGGGAACGCUCUGCUUUGCACUUGAUUUGCCUCAGAACAGGAGGCUGUGCGCCAAAGCGAGGAGUGCUGGGCCCACACUUUGGUGUAAUUAAAGGAUGUGCUCUUGACCUUUUAGAGUAGGUGAGGUCUGUCAAAAAAUGUACUUGCCCACAGCCUGGUGUUGCUGGUGCUUCUGUGUAGCAGUGCUUCUGCCAAGGGCUUGGGUGCUGGAUAGAGGUUGCUCUUCCUGCCUCUGAGUUAUGGGGUCAGUAAGUGCUCUGGCCAUUACUGGAAGCAAACUGGUGCUCUAGAUGUGUCCCAAAGCCAAACGGGGAGUAAAGGAAAAACCUCACCAACUGGUAACCUUGUAGGCAGACAGGAUUCACUUGCAGCUGCUCUUGGUGGCAGGUUUCCUUAAUUGAGUGCAGGAAGCUGUAAACUGGUGUUUGGUGGAUCUGGUGGCUGCUUGCAUAGUGCAGUUUUGUUCUGAACUUGCACAGUGAUUGCUACCAGGUAACUUGCAUUACAGCUUAAUCUCCUGAGUAUUGAAAGGGUUUAGCUCUGUGCUGAUCUGGCCAUGUGAUUUGCAGUGGCACUGCAGAAAUGCCAGAGGAAGUAUGGAUUGUUUCCUUUUAGGUAGGGGUCUAUACCUGGCAUGGCUAGUGAAACAGCUCUGGAGACUUGCUGUCAGCUUCUGAGUGGUUACAUAGUGAGCAUUAACUCAUUCAGGUCAGUGGUGUGGUUAUUAGCUCUUUUGUAGAGGCUGCUGUUGAACUGGUUAGAUUCUUCUGUCCCCUGUAGCUAUCAUUAUUGCAUCUGGCCUUGAUGUGCUGGAAGGGUAAGGGAGUAAUAAACCUAUGAUGCUGCUGGGAUGUGGUGCCUCUGUUGGGAACUGCAUAAAGUUUCUUGGAAGAGAUGUGCUCCAGCAGGGGAAAUCCUUGCACUUCAAAUCUAUUUGUAGUCCUCAAGCUUCUCAGUUGUUUCCUCAGGUCAAACUAAAUUUAUCCUGGAUUGGAUGUGUUUAAGCAAUGCCAUUCAGCAGUAAGAGGAUUAUACGUGGUGAAGGAGGGACUGCAGGAGUUCGUGGCCUUUUGCUAAUAUGGAGUCAGUCAAGGUGUGUGGGUCAGAAUGACAUCAGACUGAGUAACGUAUGGCAAAAGCCUCAUCAGUGCUUUUAUUUCUGACACAUUUGGAAAGUUAUCCAGCUCUGGGCAGAGCUAUAUGUCAAAGGGACUGCUGCUGGAGACUUACUUGGGCAUACCUAAUGUUAAAGAUGACUUUGCAGUUGAUGAUAUUCCUUGGUGAACUUAAUUGCCUUGUCAAAAUGAUCCACCUUGUCAGGCCUUGACUGCUGUGUGGUUCUUAUGGGUGCUUCCUUCUGGAGCUUCCCAAGCAUAAGGCUCAGGUCAGGCUGGUGCUGUAGGGCACAGUGUGGCAGUGUAAUUGUGGAACUUGUCUCCGAAGCCACCAGACAGGAUUGCUUCCAAAUACCUGCUUCUCUCCAUGGAACCAGCCUAAAAGGCAGUGCUUCCUCAGUGUGGUGGCAUGUGUGCUCAGCCCAGUCUGGGUAAGGAGGUGAGCGAAGCCAAUCUUUAGGUAGCUCUUGUUGCACGGCUUUUUCAGUGGAUUUAUUUGCCAGACUUGAAAGCCAGGCAUUGCUGGGUGGAAGGUGCUGCUGCCAAGUUUGGUUAAGAAAGCUAAACCAGCUCUGGAAAUUGCCAGCCUGUUCUGUAGGCACAGUGUCCAGCUUAAUUAAGUAGAACAGCAAGUAAAGCUCCUUCUCUUUAGCCUUUGUUUGCUCACCUGGCUAAACUGACUGGAGUUUCAACUAAAGCAGGCUUAAGAUGGCUAACAAAUACUCCAAAUAUAGCCAUUAUUUUGUUGUAAAUCGACUAUCCAUUGUGCAGGGGAUUGAGAGAUGCUUAAACUAUUUUCCAUGGGUGGGAGUGGUUUGAGGUGCCAAGGUGUGUGUAAAGCUGCUGGUGCGGCUCAUCAGCUCUUAAUGAUUCCAAGUAUCUGCUUUACCUUGGAAAAACUAAAAGACAAAUGCAAACAGACUAAAUCUGCUUCCUGCCCACUCUCAAUUGCAGUUAGCUAAUGGCAUCUCUUGCUGAGCCACCCACAAAGUACUCCAUGGUACUACAAUGUGAGAGUGCUUACGUUCUACACAGCUGCAGCCACCAGCAUACAUGCCAGGAGCACUGGAUGUGUGGCACCUGGAAUGAGGGGACAAAAUGCUGUAAAUGAUCAUCUGGAAUGUGGCCCUGCUUACUUGAGGUUAGCAGGGUGUCAUCUACAGCAAAGCUGCUAUCAGGUUGCAUUGAGGGCUGCUCUGCUUUCCCAGGUAAAUGGUGUAUACCUGGUAUGCAAAGCUGGGAUAGUAAACUUGGUACCUGUGUGCCCUGAAAGAGGCAAUGCCUACUGCCUUUGACAUAUAUGUAUUCCAUGUGGUGGAGAUCCAGCAGGCUUCCUGUAGGUUUCCUGAUCUGCUGUGCUGGUGAUGUGCUCAGUCAUUCAAGUUUUGAUGCAGUAGUCCUACAGCAGUCCCUUGCUUGUUGAGGUAGGUAAAGCAGCAGAUCAGUUGUGACCCCAUGUAGCUUCCUAAAUUGUUGGUUGCUAUCUGCUCAGGUGCUCGUGGUUGCCAAAAUAAGGCAGAUGUCUUCAAAGAGGUAGUUCAUGUGGCACCAAAUUUCCCUACUUAGAGUCUUCCAGAUUACAGGAAAGAUGCUUAGUUGUGCAAUUAGGUUUAUGCCUAACAAGAGCUUUCCUAAGCCCCCAGUGAUCCCUGGUUGUACCUGAGAAGUACCAUUGGCUUAUCCUGUAAAGGCUUUCGCUGAAGAUUUGUUUUAGUCUUGUAUGCAAAUCAUAUUUGAGAAGCUUAAUUUUCAUGGAUGCAACUCCUAGCCUUUGAAACUAGAGGGAUAAAAGAUACAAGAGGGUGCCUCUGCUGUGACCCAUUGGGCUUAGAAAUACUUUACCUUGUACUUUGCUGGAUUGGUUUUAAAAGGUCAGUCUUGGGCAAUGCUGUUGCACACCAAGAUGUCUUGGAGAGUCAGUGAGCUUUCCUUUCUGCUUUGCAGCCUGGUUGUGUAUGUAUGCCCUACUCUCAAGGGCCUUGUUUGUGGGAACCUCUAUCAGUGCUUGUCUAGAAAUGAGUGGGAGGGCAGGGAGACCUCCAUGUGGCUGCAGCCUGUGCUUAAUGCAGGUGUGCUUAAUCAUUCUACUUCCACCUCUUCCUCACAUUUCAAGCUCAGUGCCUUGUUUUCUCCAUGCAGGCUUAGCUGUAAUUUCCUAAGUACUUUCCUAUUUCAAAUGUCUGGCUGGUGCAGCCACACUGCAUACUAGACUGGGGAAAGAAGCCAGGCUAAAACUAUCUCCUGCUAGUAUGGCUUUAACUACAUGGAUUCCCUAGCCCAGUUGGGGAACUGUCUAGGCUGGUCCAAAUGGGAAGUGCAUGGCUGGGGGACAGGUGUCUGCAGCUUGUGUAAGCCGGCUGGUGGGGCUGAACCUAAGGGCUGACCUGUGCUGAGAUGCAGCUUGUUAAGAAGUCUUGUGCUAAGAACCCCAGAAUGCUACUGAAACAAAACCCAGCUGGCUUAGGCACAAGCCCAGUGCAGCAAUGCAACUCCCUCUGUCAGCAUGGUUGGGUUCCAGUGGCAGCUCUAUGGAGAAGUCCAAGUUGCAGUGGUUGAGGCUGGCUACGUGGUCUUGGAAAAGGCUGCAGCAAAGCAUUGGGCUGGGUUGCACUAGGUUGCAAAGUGAGAUUAAUAUUUGGUAGGCAUGUACUUGCAUCUGACUUGAGGUUGUGAUUGUUUGGGCUGAAUUUCUGUAGGAAAUGAAUCCCUUAUGCCCCGCGUCCUGCUUGCCAGAAUAUUGUGUGAUGGGGGCUGAUCUAGAAGAUGGUAGAGAACCUGGUGAUGGGAUCCUGCUGACCACAGGGAGGGAGGGUUGCCUAUUUCUGCCAGGGCCGUGGGCUUGAGCAGAGUGCUUGUGCGCUGCCAUAAUCACAGGAAUGCUGCAUAUUCAUAUGGGCAAGUUGUGGUUGCUGUGGGAACUGAGUUGUCUAAGCAGUGUGCUUUUGUCCUCUUCUCCAUACAGCUGGGUUGCUAAUGCUUUUAGGGCCUGUCCAAAAGCAAAAACUGUACUAAAGGAACUAAUGCAGUAAAACACCCAGCUGAAGAUGCAGUGUGAUACUGUCAGAAAAAUAUUCAGUGCUGUUACAGGUGAUUAGUUGAAAUGUGACUGAGUUGGUGUUGCAGCUUGUUCUGGUAAUUCUAGGGGAGCAGGAGAACCUGUGGAUGCUAUCCUAGUCAAGUCCUGUACUGUUUUACCCUGUCACAUCCUGACCAUGGAGCUUGGGCUCCUGAGACCACAUGAGGAUGAAAGUGAGGGCUUCACCAUGGUGCUGGACUUCCAGGACUCUGACGAAGCAGUGGCGAGCAGGAUGCUUUUCCCCACAUCCACGCAAGAGUCUUCCCGUGGCCUCCCUGACACCAACGACCUGUGCCUUGGCCUGCAGUCCCUUAACCUUACAGGGUGGGACAGACCUUGGAGCACCCAGGACUCCGAUGCUGCAGCACAAACUAGCCCACAAUCCGUUCUCAGCAUGCUGAGUAGCCCUCUGGGGAACGUCCUGGGGAAGCCCCCACUGGGUUUCCUGCCCUUAGAUCCCAUUGGCUCAGACAUAUCAGAAAAGUUUUCUGCGCCGGCACUGAGGAAUUCCCGCCUGGAUUCCCGCUCCCUCCUGGACUCGCGUUCCAGCAGCCCUUCUGACUCAGACACCAGCGGGUUCAGCUCGGGCUCUGACCACCUCUCAGACUUGAUUUCGAGCCUUCGCAUCUCCCCACCUCUGCCCUUUCUGCCCCUCAGUGGGGUGUCAAGAGACCCCCUCAAGAUGGGAGUGGGAUCACGGAUGGAUCAAGAUCAAGCUGCCUUGGCUGCAGUCACUUCCCCUCCAGCCAGUGCAUCGAAAAGAUGGCCUGGAGCUUCUGCGUGGCCUUCCUGGGAUCUCCUGGACUCUCCAGAAGAUCCCUUCAGUAUUGAAAGAGAAGCCAGGCUGCACAGGCAAGCAGCAGCUGUGAAUGAAGCAACCUGCACCUGGAGUGGGCAGCUGCCUCCAAGAAACUACAAGAACCCUGUCUACUCCUGCAAAGUGUUCCUAGGGGGAGUCCCGUGGGACAUCACAGAAGUUGGACUGAUCAACACCUUCCGUGCGUUUGGCUCACUGAGUGUGCAGUGGCCUGGUAAGGAUGGCAAACACCCACGCUGCCCUCCCAAAGGUAAUAUGCCUAAAGGAUAUGUUUACCUGGUGUUUGAAUCAGAGAAGUCUGUGCGUGCUCUGCUGCAGGCAUGCUCGCAGGACCUGCUGAGCCCCGACGGGCUCAGUGAGUACUACUUCAAGAUGUCCAGCCGCAGGAUGCGCUGCAAAGAGGUGCAGGUGAUCCCGUGGGUGCUGGCAGACAGUAACUUUGUGCGCAGCCCCUCCCAGCGGCUGGAUCCCAGCAAAACGGUGUUUGUGGGGGCUCUGCAUGGGAUGCUGAAUGCAGAGGCCCUGGCAGCUGUCAUGUGUGACCUGUUUGGAGGGGUGAUCUACGCUGGCAUUGACACGGACAAGCACAAGUACCCCAUUGGGUCUGGCCGUGUCACCUUCAACAACCAGCGCAGCUACCUGAAGGCAGUGACUGCUGCGUUUGUAGAAAUCAAAACGACCAAGUUUACUAAAAAGGUUCAGAUCGACCCGUACCUGGAGGACUCCAUGUGCCAAGUCUGCAGUGCUCAGCCUGGCCCUUUCUUCUGCAGGGACCAGAUCUGCUUCAAGUACUUCUGCCGCUCCUGCUGGCACUGGCAGCACUCUAUGGAGGUCCUGCGUCACCACCGCCCGCUGAUGCGCAACCAGAAGAACGGGGACUCCAGCUAAAGCGGCUGUCGGGGUGCGGGCACGGGGGAAAGUCCUUUUGUUAACCUGCCAAGUGGGGAGCGCACGAGCGUGCCUGCUGGUGCCAGACCCAGGCUGGGAACGCGCUUCCUGAGGACUAAUGGGAAAAUCUUACAUUCACGUUUGCACUUGCUGGUCUUUUUGUUUCUGCACUAAUGCACAGUGAAUUUUGUCGGGUUUUGUUUGGGGUUUUUGAGGGGGGGGAGUGCCCCCUCAAGCGAUUCUGCAGUUCCCAGACUUUGGUUCCUAGUUUGACGAGAAGCAAAAAGGGCCGCGUGUUGAGAAGGUGUUUAUGCAGAUGCCUUCACCUAGGUUUUUUAUUUAUUAAAGGCGCUUUUUUACAUUCCUUGCAAUACUGAUGGUAAUUAUGCAGGUCUCAUUGGCUCCAUUUUUUUGCAGUUGCCAUACAGUGCCUUUCCAUUCAUUUAACCCCCAUCUGAACGGCAUAAACUGAAUGUUCAGCUGGCGUUUUUUACUGUAACAACAAGGAGACUUUGCUCUUCAUUUAAACCAAAUCAUAUUUCAUAUUUUACGCUCAAGGGUUUUUACCAGUUCCUUUUUACACUCUUAAACAGUUUUUAAGUCGUUUGAAAUGAGAGAUUUUUCUUUCCUGGCAGCUUUUAACAUUAUUGCAAUUUGUGUCUGGGGGCUGCUGGUGGGAAGUUGUAAAUCGAGGCGUUUGCAACAGAAACAGGACAGGAUUUCUGGAUUUGAAACUGGACCGGAUAAAUGAUCUCUGAGCUGCUGUAUAUAGUUUUAAAUAGUUUGUUGCACUUAAGGGGGGUUGAUAGAGGUUUUUAAUCACAAAGUCACAGGACUUACUUUCCUUUUGUAACUAGCUAAAAAAGGGCUGCGUUUCAGUGGAUGGAUGGAGGUUCAUAGGAGCCCUUUCUCUUAGAGGGGACAAGUACUCUUCCUUUUGUUUCAGAAAUGUAUGAAGUAAUGGUGCAGUCGACUGAAAUGCUGCUGGGAUUUGAGAUUUUUUUUUUUUUACUUUCCCCUCUAUCAGAAGCUGUGUGCCAAAGAACCAGUGUCAUAAUUUCUCCCUCUCCUGCUGAGCUGAUGUUGCAUUGUUGCAUAUCCCAGCUGCUCUUUGUGGGGUUUUCGUGAAGCUGUGUGUGAAGUCUCUACCUCAUUGUAGUAUAUGCAGGCAAGACUGCACUCUCCUGCAGACGCGUGGAGUAAGCUGUGGUGUAGUUUUUGGCACAUAAUAAACACGUUGCAGCAAAAA